GGAGGGUAGGUAGUUCUAUAUAUACUAUGGCAGGUUGUUUACCUGGAUCUUCAUAUUUCCAUUGAUAUCAGUUCACUGCACACUUCAAAUGGCUGCUUACUACUGGGUUGACACCGUUGCUCGUGGUGGCAUUCCAACCACCGCCUUGCACGGUGGCGUAGACAUCGACGGACACCAGAUUUACGUCGGUAGGGCUUUCCACGAUGGGGACUGGAUCCCCGCCAAGGUCAUUCCAGGAAAACACGUAGCGUACGUUGCUUAUAACGGGGAAGAAAUCGGCGUGGACAAUUUUCAGGUGCUUUGUGAGCAACGUUUCGAUUGGGUCCCAACCAACGGUGGAGACAUUCCACCGGGUGCCGUUGAAGGGGGCAGAACGUCGGACGGGGAACCGUUGUUUAUCGGCAGAGUAGAGCAUGAGGGUUCGCAAACUGUUGGCAAGGUUCAUCCCAGCCAUGGAGUUCUCUAUAUUCCAUUCGAUGGGAAGGAACUUGCUUAUCCAAAUUAUGAAAUCUUAGUUCUUAGACCUUGAGUUGUAGCGUUUAGGCUAAGGGGAUCAGUAGUAGAUGAUCAAUUGAGUUUUUUUCGCAAUAAGUGUUUUUUAUAUAUAUUUUUCCUUUGCAAUUCUGAAAUAUUUAAGACAUUUACUAUAAAUAUAUAUUUUUUA